AUGCCGCCCAAAGCGAAGCUGUCCACUCCCCUUCAGCCCAUACAACGUGAUCCCUCCAUUGCCGGCGUCGCCACAGUCGGCGUACUCCUGUUUGCUUUGGGAGGCGCUGCGUGGUUCACAUGGCUCAGUCCGUUAAUGUCGAGAUUUGGCAUGGUACCUUGGAGGUAUGCGGAGAGCUUCAACAAUGGGAGGUGUGAAGAGAUCGAGGGGCUCGACUCAUGUGAAAAGGUGAUCUGGCACUCGCCCAGCAACACCCUCUACCUCGCAUGCUCCUCCCUAGAGUCCCGACUAGGUUGGACUCCCUUCAUGGAUCAUCUUGACUCUUCGAAGCGGUCUGCUACUGAUAGCUUCUUCACCUACCAGCCCUCCACAGGCACCGUGACAAAGCUCGAGAUCGAAGGCUACCCUUAUCCGGGUAUGGGGAUAAGCAUGCAUGGGUUUUCACUCGUUCCGGCGGAGGGUGAAGAGGGUUGGCUGUGGGUGUACGCAGUGAACCAUCGUAUUCCACGCGAAGGCGGAGCGCGUGAAAAAGGCGCAGAUAGCGUCAUCGAAGUCCUGAAGUUGAAGGUGGGCGAGGAACGCCUGCAGUGGGUUCGGACGAUCGAAGACGGUGGGAGGGUGAUCAAAACGCCGAAUGAUGUCCUCGGUGGGCCGACGGGCGAAUGGGUGUACUUUUCCAAUGAGUACGGCGAAAAACUUGGUCUGUCGCGAUCAGCAAUGCGCCUCGGCCUUCCAUAUGGCUUCGGUUAUGUCGGAUUCUGUCACGUCACCUCCGGUUGUAGUGUUGCGUCUCCGCCUCUGUCCGGGCCGAACGGCCUCGCUCGUGGACGGGACGGCAAGGUGUGGGUAUCUGUGAGCUACGCGGGCGACGUGGUAGCUUUUGAAGAAGUGCGAACGGGCGAGCUGAAGGAGGUGGAUCGGAUACCUUUAAAUCGAUAUGAGGAUAAUCUGAGUGUGGACGAGAAUGGAGAUAUCUUCGUUGCGACGAUACCUCGGGUAACCGAUUGGAAGCAUCACUUUGAGGCCGGGGGCAAAGGCCUUUCACCGUCUGGCGUGCACCGUAUUCACGUCAACCAGAGUGCGCUGCACGACCCAGAGGCGAAGAGCAAGUACGCUGCCGAGCUCUUCUUUGCAGAUGAUGGAAGGCGAGCGAAUGGGGUUACGACCGUGGAGUACUGGAUGAAAGGGAGGAAGCUGUUCUUGCAUGGUCAUAUUGCUCGUUAUUUGACCGUGUGUACCCUUUGAAUAUCAAGUCGAU